AUGGAGAAACAACGUUGGUAUUCGGCGGAUAGGGUUGGCGCGCCAAUAUACACGCAUUCCCAAGGUAAUAAGCAAGGGUUCGAAUUCGACCUCUAUCCCUAUACGAGUCCUCAUGCUGGGUGGCCGGACGCCACGAAGCCCGUCUGGGGCAUUGAAUCUCCCGAACCAAACGACCCUCGGAAUCAAAAUGAUGGCAAGAGAAGGCUCCUCCCGGGGUUGAAUGCUAGGGAAUCUUCGAGACACGAAAGAGACCAGGCGAGGAGGAUCCUGGGGUUAACUGUUGGGACGUUUUGGGGCAUGGUUGUCCUGUUAUGUACCAUCAUGGCUGGUGGCAUUGGAGCCGGAGUCGGGGUUGGAUUGGCGUCCCGCAAGAACAAUUGCUAGAGUGUUCUUAGCAGCAAGAACGAUACCGGAG